GAAUUAAGAAGGCUCUGUAUCGAAUGGCUGACUGACGGCGGGGUUUGUUUUCCUAGCAGCCUGCAGGUUAUACGCAUGCGCACUCCGAGCCUUCGUAACCCGACGGUCAGGUGCUGCGUCUCUAUAAUUUUUAUAGCAACAGGUUAAUAAACAACAAUUUAAAUAUGUACGGAAAACCGAUCGACACCGAAAAUUGUUAUUGGGACGGAGCUUUCAACCAGGAAGAUCUAUUCGCGCUUGUCGACGGUUGGAUUUUAACAGGGCGCAUAGGUUUUUUUAUGAUAAUAUGGUUGAACAUAAAUCUAUGGUGUACGGUACUUAGACGCGAUCUCAAGUACAGGAAUCUGGCCGCUUUCACUACAGUCUUGGCUAUUAGGCGCGGUUAUCACUACAUAUUUUAUAUUUUGAGAUACAUGGAUUAUGACUGGGUGAAUGACAUUCAUAAUUGCAGUACUUAUGGCUUUAUUGAUACAUUUUUGGGAGUGUAUGAAGUUGAAAGUCUGACGCACAUUUGUAUUGAAAGAUACGUUGUCGCUAAGUAUGUCGCAAAUGGUUGGCCUAUUCGAAGAUGGCAUUACUUUUUAUACCAAUGGCUGUGCCUAUUCUUCUCGGUACUGUACUCUCUGGCGCCGUUGUUCGGAGUGGGCAACUACGUAAAGGACUUCUCUUGCUUGACUUGCACUUACAACAUGGUACUGCCUGACACAUGGGAGAGAUACGCGGUCUUAGGCAUUUUCCUACUUCGUAGUGCGAAACCAGUGCUGUUUAUGUUGAUAAUGCGGUUCUGGACACAACAAAUGGAAGCCAAAUAUGACGAUAAAAACGUACCUUGGGUGGAAGUGCGAUUUGCUCAUAUAGUAGAUAGUUUAACUACAACAGUUCUUGGAUGCUGGUUGCCUAUAACCGCAAUAAGGGCUAUUGUGAUAAUUGCUAUUAAUUUCCUAGGCUUGGAGGUCGACAUGAAAGAAUACGUUUGGGCAAUACAAUGGGCUAUAUGGGUUGAAUGGUUCACUCCGGCAGUAGUGACGGUGUCUCUGAUGAGUGUGGAUCAUCUGCUCAGAUCCAAAAUGUUUGGCGGCGAUAAAACAGAAGACGACAUCAUCAAAGUAUACGAAAAAGAAGAUUAAUUUUUAGUAGAGUUAAAAAAUCCACUUAAAACAAACAUACUAUAGUAUGAGAAAUACACAUAAAACGUCACUAUUAUAAAAUAAGAGAA